AUUAAGGAGCUGUGGAUCUAUAUAGCGGAGUCACGUCAUAGAGAUAUAAGGCAUUUUGUCGAGAACUAAUUAUAUAAUGCCCCAAGCAUUGACUUACAUGCCUCAACAAACCGACCGGGCCAUCAGAAAAUAGGUUUUGAUCCAAAGACUAAUUUUUUUCAGGUUGAACUCCAUUGUUCGGUUCGACAAACAGAAUAGAAAAUCAUAUUUCCAAUCGCCUAUUAUCUUACUCAGACUCAGUGUAUAUACUCGUGUAUAUUCUCGCUGUACACUAUAUGUUAUACUGCGUUCGAAAUCGACGUCGAAAAUGGAGUUGAAUGUACUUGGAACCACGAUGUCGUUCACUUCGUUCCUAGUCCUGAUCACCAUCGUUGCAAUCAUUUUAUUCUUACUCUAUGACUACUGGGCACACACUUACUGGAAGCGUAGAGGAAUCCCAUACGAGCCACCCUCUCCCAUCAUGGCAAAUGCAAAAGUAUUUGCUGACGGCGCUGUUCAGGCUUUCAUAAACAUGGAGAAAAGGCAUGGACGAGUGUAUGGUUUGUUCUCUUUUCGCACCCCUGUCAUCGUCAUUGGAGAUCCUGAGAUGCUGCGAUUUAUCACUGUGAAGAACUUUAAUAACUUCCACAGCAGACCAGAACUACCACAAGCUAAUUACGAGGAUCUAAGAAGUAUGGUGUCUAUAUUGGAAGGCCAGCGAUGGAGGGAAGUGAGGAACAUUCUUACACCAACAUUCAGUGCAGCAAAGAUGAAACAGAUGUCAAGUCUCAUAAACGCCAACGCUGAUUUCUUGGUUAAACACAUCGGCAACCAACAGAAAGAAAAGGGAUGCAUCGAAUGUCAACAACUUUUUGGAUCUUUCGUCAUGGACACUGUUGGAAGCUGCGCAUUUGGUCUUGACAUCGACUCACAGUCCGAUCCUGAUAACCCAUUUGUGAAGAACGCGAAAAGAGCCUUCUCAUUUGACUUCAAGAACCCACUCUUUAUCAUAGGAGGUCUUAUUCCUCCUCUGGGAAGACUGAUGGCCCGUUUUAGGAUCGCAACUUUGAUCCCUGUCGAUGUGCUUGACUUCUUCAAGGACAUUAACAAGAAGGUUGUCAGCAUAAGGAGACAGGCAACGCCUGAUGCAAAUUCUAAGAGGGUAGAUUUCCUGCAACUGUUACUUGAUGCCCAGAAGGAAAACAAAGAUGACAAAGCUAGCACCCCUGUAGAGGAAGACGAGGAUGACAUCCAUGCUGAUUUAGAUAAGCAUCACGAUGUCCAUUAUCACACCAACAACAGUCUGGGCAAGAGGGCGCCACUCACUGAUCAGGAAGUGUUUGGACAGAUGCUAAUUUUCUUCACCGCUGGAGCCGAGACAACCACCACUCUCCUGGGGUACAUCUUCUACGCCUUGUCAACGAAUCCCAACAUCCAGGAGAAACUUAUCCUAGAGGUUGACGAGGUGACGCCCUCACGCGACAGUGUCGGGUAUAAGUCAAUUGCAACCAUGCCUUACCUGGAUCAAGUAGUCUGUGAAACGCUUCGGCUGUUUCCUCCCGCUGCUAUUUCGAACCGGAUGUGUCACGAGACAUUUGAGCAUAACGGUUUCAAGAUUGAGAAGGGCACUCAGGUCUUCAUACCAAUUUACAACAUUCAUCGCGAUCCCACGUACUGGCCAGAUCCAGAGAAGUUUGAUCCAGAAAGAUUCACCAAAGAGGCCCGAGCCAAACAGCAUCCAUUCGCUUGGCAACCAUUCGGUGCUGGUCCUCGUAAUUGUAUCGGUAUGCGUUUUGCUCUCAUGGAAACCAAGAUGGCGGUUGUGCGGGUGCUUCAGAACUUCCGUUUUGAGACCUGCGCACAGACGGAAAUUCCUCCGAAGUACGGCAUGUCUGGCUUCCUUACUCCACCAAACGGUGUUACUCUCAAAGCUGUACCCAGGGCAGACAAAAUUGUCUAAACGAGAUUUCGAUCAACCUCUAUCUGUCUAUAAUCUAAUUAUUCUGCGAUGUUUCACAAAGAUUGUAAGUGUGACUUGAACUCGCAAAUAAAAGAGAAGAAAAAAAAAACAGAAAAAAGCAUGUGCUCGUCUGCAAUAAAAUUUGACUUAAGUAUAUCAGGGGGGCGUUUCAUGAAAGGACUUGUCGGACGUUUUAUCCGACAAGUCCCAUUUAUCCGACAGUUACCAUAGUAACAGUACCGCUCAGCCAAUCAACAUCAGAAAAAGAUGUCAGAUCUGACAACUUGUCGGAUGAAAAUGUUGAUGGAACACUCCCCAGGUCACACUCAAAUCUUUGUAAAACAUACAUCAUUCUAUAUGGCAGACUAAAGAGAAUUAAACGGUAGAGCAAUUCUAAAUCAACUCACAAAGUAGUUUAAUUUUACUUUAUUCUUCAGAUUAUAACCUCUACCGCAAAACUUAGGCGUGUAUAUAUACUUUAAAUUACAACCAGGUGGCUGUUUCAUAAAGCUGUUCGUAAGUUAAGAGCGACUUUAAGAACAACUGGUGAUCCUUUCUUACGCGCAAAACCAACGCUAAUGAAUACCAUUCGCCAUAAUAAGAAAGGAUCACCAGUCGUUCUUAAAGUCGCUCUUAACUUACGAACAGCUUUAUGAAACACCCACCAGUUUGAUUUAGACAUAUCCAAUGGUGUAAAAGAUGCAGUAUUUAUGAGUCUUUCAACAAGUGGUGAUUCCGUAGUAUCAUUCUGUCUUUGUUUCCGAUAAAACGCCUGUUUAAAAGAAACACAUUAUGAGAUAAUUAAAAAGUGCUAUGAUUCAUGACCUUUUCUGUAUCAUGUUUUGCAGUUCAAUACGUAUUAUUAGGAAAAAAGAAAGAAAGAAAGACAAAAAAAAAAACUAUUCAGAAAAACUAAGAAAAAAUUAAUGCGGUACUGAUAUAUAUUCUUUUCUCAAAAUCUUGUAUACCCAAAUGUAAGCCUAUCCAUACUGCCAAAGCUUGUAUAAAUUUAAGAGACAAGUUGGACGGGGUUGUGCUUCAUUUUUAACUGAGGCUCUAAUGAAAAUUUCAUCCAAUAUUAUUUUCUGCCUAUCAGAAGUGAAACGUAGGGAGGUAUUUGAUUAUUGUAUUUUGGUUCAAACCCGAGAUGUGAAAUUCAAGCAUAGGAACACUUACCUUUUAACCCUACUAAAGAUACAGUAACACCAACCUAACCGAAUUCAAACCGACGGUUUUUGGAAAUAACCGUAAUAGUUAGGUCGGUCUGGAGUCGGUUUCGCUGAUUUGAAUGUGACAUAAAUGACUCAAAUAGCUUAGAUAUCAUUUUUAAUGCACCAUUCAUCCUUCAUAUUUAUGUUUUCGAUAUUCAAUUAGAUUUUGCUUCAUGUUUUUGUCAGAGUUGACUAGCAGUAUUUCUUGAAACUAAGAGAAUAUAUACGUUCUGUAAAGCGCAAAGAUGUACAACUGUUUUAAAACAUUUUAUCAGGUUCUACUAGAAGUGAUAUAGUUUAUGAAAUAGAUUUUAUUCAUCGUUAUUAGAUCCUGCUUAGAAAGGGUGAAAUCUGAAGAAAAUUAAUAGAAUGUAUCGAAAGUUAGUAGAAUGUAGUGACAAUAAUUAGGCCUAUAAGAAAUAUAGCAUAUCCACUUCAUUGUUUUUUUUUACUCUAUACUGUAAGAGAGCUUUUAAAGAAAGAUUUCAUCAACGAUAGAUUUUAUGUUACAUAAUAUGACUUUGACAUGAAUAAAACUUAACGAAUCAUUUUAAUAAUCCUUUUCUUAGAAUCCGUUUGUCUGAAUUUGAAAUACCAUGUUAUAAAUGCUAAAUAAAGUUUUGUUUACUUCCUAAUGAAUUUUCCUAAUUUGAUGUAUUAUUAAGAUGAAUUUAAUGGCAUCUUUUAUGCGUUGAAGACUGGUAUUUGAUUAAAAUGUAAAUGAAGUAAGCCGCCUCCUGUAGCAGUUUAUGAAAAAUCUUAUUAUCCCCCUUCCCCCCAAAAGAAAAUCCAGUCUAAAGGAUGAAACAAAUAUUUGUUGCUGUAAAAAGUGCAUUCAAUGCAUUAAACGGAUAAUGUUAAUACAAA